AUGAGAUUUUCUUGGAAGAAUAUAUGUCUUCCCAUAAGCUGCAUCAACAACACAAACCAGAAGACAGUAACAAACCCAUCAAAGGAAAGACUUCUUAUGCUCUCCAGACAAACCUCUGUUCGAAGCAGAGUCUACUUGUCCGAUUUCAGCAAUUCAACCAUCUCACUCAACGACUUCUCAAACUCUUUUCUCAUAGACAUUCACAUAUUCACCUAUGAAGAGCUCAAAACAAUCACACAAGGCUUCUCAAAGUAUAAUUACCUCGGUGAAGGAGGAUUUGGGGAAGUCUACAAAGGGUUUCUUGAUGAUAGCUUCAGGACUGGUUUGAAAGCCCAGCCUGUCGCUGUCAAGGCCUUGAAACCAGAAGGUGGACAAGGCCAUAGAGAGUGGCUGGUAAUAUUUCUUUACUCCAUCUGCAUAUUGAUGAAUUAUAUGUCAGCUCAUAUGAGAAAUGGGAUCAAAGUAACUAAGAAAAAACGUUUCUUUAACAUUAUGCAGGCUGAAGUUAUAAUCCUUGGUCAGUUGAAGCAUCCGCAUCUUGUGAACUUGAUCGGAUACUGCUGUGAAGAUGCUCACAGGCUUCUAGUUUACGAAUACAUGGAACGAGGCAAUCUGGAAGAACAUUUAUUUCAAAGUGAGUAG